AUGGACCACCCGCACGUUCGUUUGCAUCACAAGUCUAAAGUGUUGUCAUAAAACAAAAAGGCAAUGGAGGAGUCAAAGAAAUACAAGAGCAUGGUGAAGCAGACGAUGGACAAGAAGAAGAAGAAAAACGACAAAAGGGCUCAAUGGUCUAGGUCUAGAUCAGGCUCCGGGUUGCUUCAGAUGAAGGUGAGGAAGCUCCAAAUACUGAUACCGGGCGGGCAGAGAUGCAACCACCCGGAUCUACUUUUAUCAAAGACCGUCGAUUAUAUUGCGCAAUUGAAGUUGAAGCUUAGAUUCCUUAAAGCACUCUCCGAUAUGUAUUCUCUUUGAAGAUCGUAAUACCAUUUUUUUCUUCUUCUUCUCAUUACUAUAUAGCUAUGGUGUGGAAGUUUAUUUUUCCGUAUAUGGAUUGUCAUUUGGAGUUUGCUUUAUGUCGUAUAUCCCCUUCUUUUAUAUAGUUUGUUUAUAUUUAUACAAGU